CUUCUGGGAAUCUCCACACACUGAAGACACAGUGAGUUAGCACCACCACCAGGAAUUGGCCUCUCAGCUUUGUGCCUGUCUCCAGUCAGGCUGGAAUAAGUCUCCUCAUAUUUGCAAGCUCGGCCCUCCCCUGGAGUCUAAAGCCUCCUCAGCCUUCUGAGUCAGCCUGAAAGGAACAGGCCGAACUGCUGUAUGGGCUCUAAUAUCACCUCCACUUCCAUCAUUUUCCUGCUCACUGGUGUUCCUGGGCUGCAAGCCUUCCACACCUGGAUCUCCAUUCCCUUCUGCUUCCUCUAUGUAACUGUUCUCUUGGGAAACAGCCUGAUCCUCUUUGCUAUCAUCACUCAGCCCAGCCUCCACAAACCCAUGUAUUAUUUCCUCUCCAUGCUGUCCGCCACUGACCUCGGCCUAUCCAUAUCCACUCUGGUCACCAUGCUGAGUAUAUUCUGGUUCAAUGUGAGGGAAAUCAGCUUUAAUGCCUGCUUGUCCCAGAUGUUCUUUAUUAAAUUCUUCACUGUCAUGGAAUCUUCAGUGCUGUUGGCCAUGGCUUUUGAUCGUUUUGUGGCCAUCUCUAAUCCCCUUAGGUAUGCCAUGAUUUUAACUGACUCCAGAAUAGCUCAAAUUGGAGUGGCAAGUGUCAUCAGGGGGAUCCUAAUGCUGACACCAAUGGUAGCACUUCUUACAAGACUUUCCUACUGCCACAGCCAAGUACUCCACCACUCCUACUGCUACCAUCCUGAUGUGAUGAAGCUCUCAUGCACAGACACCAGAAUCAACAGUGCAGUUGGGCUGACUGCCAUGUUCUCUACUGUUGGUGUAGACUCAGUUCUCAUCUUCCUUUCUUAUGUUUUGAUCAUUAGGACUGUCCUUAGCAUUGCUUCCCCAGAAGAGAGGAAGAAAACCUUCAGUACAUGUGUCUCCCACAUUGUGGCUGUUGCUAUAUAUUACAUUCCAUUGAUCAGCCUGUCCUUUGUUCACAGAUUUGUGAAACAAGCCCCAGCCUAUGUACAUACUAUGAUUGCUAACACCUACCUGCUGAUCCCCUCUGUGAUGAACCCUGUCAUCUACAGUGUGAAAACCAAACAGAUACGUAGAGCUGUGAUAAAAAUUCUCCAUUCCAAAGAAACAUAAAAUUGUGGAAUUCUAGCACUAGAUGGACACCUCAAGAUGGUAUACUUCAGGUCAUGUUCCCAGUUAAAAACAAAAAACAACCAAAGAACUGGUGCCCAUUGAAGCUAAGCAUAUAAUCAUUUAAAGUUAAAGCUGGAAUGUAUCUAGAACAUCAGCUAGUUUGACUACUUUAUUUUCCAGAUGAGGAGGUGAAGACAUGGGAUGGAAGAGAUGAACAGCCUAAAAUUAGCCUUAUAUAUAAAAUUUCUCCUUCUCACACCACUGUUGGGUCCAAACUGUUGUUGCCUUCUGUCCCUGCCACCACCCUUUCUAUUAUUAUCUCAUCUACUUCAUAG